AUGGAACUUUAUCUGGCUCGAAUUUGCGAACGCGACGACAAAUCUUUAUUCGUCGAACGGAAGCAGACGUUAACCACCGAGGAAUCUUACGUCGCCAUCUCCCACGUGUGGGGAGACCCAGCUACCAUCAAGACGGUACACAUCGACGGAGUAGGACCUGUCAAGCUCAGCCCGGGUAAGAAGGACUUCUUGCAUAUUCUUCGCCGCCCGGACAUAUGCGGCGCUGGGUGGUUCUGGCUCGACCUCUUCUGCAUCGAUCAGAGCCCCGACUCGCCUAUUCCCAUCUCGGCCCAGCUUAUGGCCAUCCCGACAAUCUAUAGGUCUAGCGCAGUCGUCGUCGUUCUCAUAGAAUCACCUGUAUGCGGCUCCUGGAUAGAAGAUGCGAUUCGCGUUGCCGAAUACGGCGUUAUCAAUAGCGACGUCUUCAACAUCGAGGAGGCAGCCCACGCAAGAAAAUGCCCCAACCUCGUUUUCAUGGAUCCGUGGUUCGACCGUGUGUGGACGCGACAAGAAGGCCUCUACGCGAUGAAACUAAGAAUGAUCUUCCUCAACAAGGUUACAUGCGCCCGGUUUGCGACCGCGCCGGCUCAUGAUGGAGACCGUUGGCUCGCCGAGCAGCAGGCUGUCGCCAAACGAGCUGAAGCGGCCACUUUCAUCACAGAUAAACUGGCCUACCACGGGAUCCCCGAUGAUGGUGGCAUCGCCUCCGAAUGCUUCUAUUUCGACCUGAUGUACAAACAACGCGUGGAUGUCGCCAACUACAGCGGUGAAGUCGGCCCUGCAUCCGGCUACAUGCCAAUUCGAGAUGCCUGGAGAAGCAAUCGUACGACAACUAAGCCCCGAGACUACGUCUUAGCCAUCUUUCCAGACAUUGAGGGUUAUCGGGUACCACUGAACGUCCGCAACUUAUCCUUCAGCCAGCUAUUGGAGGAUGCCUAUGAGCAGGUCCGGAAAAAUGGUCGGGGCCGCAGCUUCAUCUUGCCGAAGAUACCCAGAAGCAUGAUCACCACCAUGGCUUCGGACUCUGACCGGCCGUGGACAAUGGAGGAUCCAGCCAACAUAUCACAAGCCUACGAUUCCAUUGUGGACGUGAGCAAGGCUGGCCCAGUGGAGGAGCAGCAAACUGGCCUCCGCAAAGUGCUGCUCAGACCGCUCGAGGUCAGAGAUCAGACGGCAUUAGAGGGUCUCGUGAAGCUAUGCGAAAGCAGCGUCGACCUCGUGCAACACAUUGUCUUGGCGGCACCUUCUGGUCCUUUCCUCGGGUCUGCCAGAGCAUUUCAACAUGAAAAAGCCUUGCUCCAUCGCUUCUUCGCCCAGAGAUUCGGAGAAUCGGCGUUGAGGCAGUACUCGACUCGAGAGUCUUCUGGGAUUUCUCCAACUAUCCUGAAACGACUCGGAUCUCACGGAAGUGUGAAUCUGGAGAAGCUGAAGUAUACGGAGGAAGUGUUUGAAGAAGAACUCAAGAGGUUCUUAGUUUGCUUGAUGUGUGGGACUACUAUGACUUGCGCAACCAAGCUUCUGGAGUUCUCAGAUCUGGCUAUGGCGGUUACAGAAGGCUCACCUAGCGGUAGCGGGGAGAUGUUGGCACUGGUCAAUCGGAUGGUUUUAACAGCAGCUGAUCGAUAUGAGCUGACUCUCGGAGGCAGGGAUUUUGAGAGCUUCCAGGGCCUUCUACUGCUAUCCAGGACAGAAAACCCCGAAGUGGCUAGCAUCGUGGUGGGCAGAACCACGAUUCCGACGAGUCGCUCCUAG